AUUGAAACGAAAUUAUUUAUCAGUCGUUAAAGAGCUUUGAUCGUAGAUGGACUGUAUUCAUAGCGACGAAUAGUAGGUUUUUUUUGUGAAUUAAAGAAAAAUUACUAUAAUUAUCAUUGUGUAUACGUAUAGCACACACACGGUAAACACAAGAAAAGGUAAAAACACACGGUCAAAUAACGAGAAAGAGUGUAAGAUGCGAGUAAUUGUGUCCGCUGGUGAACGAAUUUCGGGCGAAGUAAAUUCUAUGAAGUGAGUAGAGAGAAAAUUAACCUCCACCGAAUGUAACGAAACGGGAUGUAACAUAACGGAAGCUGCGGUAGGAAGUGAUAAGUUCAAGUUUUGUACGAACCAAAAAAGUAAGAACAGACGUACAGCAGAUAGUUAAAACCUGAGCAGUGAAUUGUGAAUAGUUCUUCUUUUCGGAUAAUAUUCUCACAGUUGAAUAAAAUGUGACAGUAUAAUAUUGGCAAUUAAAAAGUUCACCAAGUUGGCUGUCGAGCAAAGGAAAGGAGAGAGCUCGGCAGUAAUCUCAGCGGUUGCGACGCGGCAGCAUUUUCAUGCAGAAUAGUACGCGCCGCGAUACGCACACUGCUGCAAAGCAAUCCAUAGCCACAGACACCACAGCACGGCAGAUGUACCACAGAGAACAACGUCGCGGCCGUCUUCUUGUUGGUCGUCAUCGCCAUUGCCGUCAGAUCAGCGGCAGCGGUAAAAAAACAACACCGUCGACAACGUCGUCGUCGCCGUCGUUGCGGUCGUCAGCAGUAAUAGCAGCGAUAUUAGAAGCCGCAGUACCAACGACAUACCAGCAAAAGCAUGAAAAGUGCUCCGAAAAUACGCAAACGGCCACAGUAUGCAGCAAUUGAAGCAAAUGUUUUGAAAAGUGAUUUAUUUUUGUUCAUAUUUUUUUUUGGUUACCAAAAAAGAGGAUGAAGAAAAAGUAAGCUGUAAUGCGAAAGUUUACAAGUUCAAAAUACAACAGAAAGCUACGCAAACAAAGCGCAACGAAACUGUCGUUGCCGGAGUUCCGAAUGAAAAGAUUUUUUCUUCACAGUGAUUAAAUGAUUUCAUGAAUGAAAACAUCAGUAUAAAAAAGAAAAAAAAAAUCGUGAGAAAUGUUCUUUGUUUUACUGAAGAGUGGAUACAUGUAAAAGAGUGGAAUUUGAUGCUCAACAGUAAAAGUAAGUGAAAGCAAAAAAGGCAAUAAAAAGUGAUGUGAAACGAGUGAAAUGCAAAUGUCAAAGUCGCCCUGAGAAAGCCGAAAAGUGAAACAACAUAAAAAUUUGCAAUAGCAGCUGCAACAACAGGGAAUGAAGCAGAAAUAGUGCAAGUGUGAACGUGCGAAAAAAGUAACGAAAAUUCGAUUGCCGUGUCUUGUGGCAAAUCAUGUAUCUUUCGUUUUUGAGCAAAACUUGGAUAAAUAUUGGAUGCAACGCGGUAAAAUUUGCGAUAGCCUGUCAAGCAACACUGUCACCGGAACUACGAUCAGCAUUAGAAGCACCAUCAUUUCCAUCUACCCCAAUAUUACCAUUAAUGGUAGUGACGUGGAUUACGAACCCGAAUCUAAACCCGAUUUAAUUGCUUAUUGAUAAUAUGGCGAUUGAAACGAUGACGGAUCUUGGUGGACCACGGCUGGAAAAGACGCUUCGAAGCCGUUAGUGUAUCGAGCUACAUGGAUCGCAGAAAUGGCGGCGAUCCUUUGGCGCCUCCUCGGCCCCCUAAGUCUUUACCCCGUGUUCAUCGUCCUCGGGCUCCAGAGCCGACCAUAAUGAGCGCCACUGUCGCUGCUAGCAACAAUCACAGUAAUCAAUCCACAGCAAAUAGCUCAAAAACGACGAUCAGCACGACUACGAACCGAAGUCUUAACAACGUACCGCAACUGUCACCAAAACCUAGAAAUCUAAGCUUGUCUCCUGCACGUAACAUUAGUAGCAAUAUUAGUUUAUCAAACCCUCCACCGCUGCCACCUGCCCCACAAAUAGCACCAUUGACACCGCUACAUACCCGAAGCAACAGUAGCAGUCAUCGUCAUCCUCACCACAAUCAUCUUUCUAGUAGUAAUACCAGUAAUAAUAGUCUAGCCCAGCCAGCAAGUACCUUCUCACGACAACGUCCACCGGCAGCUUUACCAUCAGUUUCGAUACCGAGCAUUUUAAACCCUAGCAUAGACACGACCGGAUCGAAUACCACGACCGCGUCCGCCACAUCCCCGGUCACCCUGGCUGCACCUAGACCAGAGAACGAAAGGCUUACUAACGAGUAUGUCGAUACACCGUUUAGUAGACUCUCGCCUGCAACGAACCACCAGCGACAACAGCAACAUGCUAUUGGAUCCACGACGCCCACCAGGACGGCGACGUCUCCGGUGCUGUCCUCGUCCGUCAACUCACCCGCAACCCAACAUCGACAACUAUCAGUAUCGCAAACAAAUAAUAAUCGGUUACGUACGCCUAGCACUAACAGUAGUAGCAAUAGUACAACAGUGUCGACACUUGGCAAGCCAAUUGGAUCCACGGCAACGGCUACAACGUUGCAUGGCAGCAGUAGGAAUUUUAACAAUAAUACUAUCAACCCUAGGCCAAAUCUAUUACCACUGGGACAUACGACGACUACGACGACGACGACAGCGAGCACAACACCACUGUCCGCUGGUGGGUCUCCAACAAUACAGUCAACAUUGCCAAUUACCAAACAACCAGUAUCAAAUGCGUUCAGUAAAGACCCACCGGCAGCCGGACUGCACGAGCUGGACAUCGAUUUGCACCCGGCAAACGGUGAUCUACUUAAUUCCAUCACCUGUCCGCAGUGUAAAAAGUGUCGAUGUGAAGAAUGCCAACGGCCCCGACAGCUUCCCUCACGAUGGCUCUGCGACAAUACAUGUCUCUGCAGUGCAGAGACCGUCAUCGACUACGCUUCUUGCUUCUGUUGUGUUAAGGCACUGUACUAUCAUUGUUCCAAGGAUCAUGAAUUGGAACGAGAAGGUGAUACUAUAUCCUGUGCUGAUGAUCCCUGUUCGUGUCUACCGCACAAACGAACUACUCGAUGGGGUUGGCUUGGUGCUUUAUCCCUGGCUUUACCCUGUCUCUGGUGUUACUGGCCCAUGCGGGGCUGCGUUGCCCUUAGUGCCAAAUGCUACGCUAAACAUUCCCGACACGGUUGCCGAUGUCAGUCACAGAGUGGAGGCAGUCUCGCUGGAAGUAUACUGGGUGGAACUGCUUACGGUGGCGGCGGUGGCAAUGGUCAUAAUGGACCGCAAUCUGAUAGCAACGAUAGUGCGAACCAUCAUCAUAGCAACACCAUCAGUAACAAAUUCUCGACAGUUAACAGUACCAGCCCCUUCGGGAAAGGACACCAUCACCACCAUCAUCAUCACCAUAGCGAUCUUACACCCGAAAAGCGUCUACUCGAUUCCAGCCCGGAAUACUGAUAUAUGCUGUAUCUGUAAGCGGGUAGCCGGAAUCCCAGAAACGACACCGUUUCUGACCAAAUGGCGUAGCGGCAACAGCGUCUAUGAAGCUGCGGUUGCUUUCGAAAAACUUCACCCGCUGGCAGAGAUCACUAUCGCAUCCGGCGUUCAACGGUAAACAAUAGUGGUAAUAAUAAUAAACUCGGGCGCGAGCAGCACAGUAAGCAGCUCACGCGUUUCUAAAGUAUAGAGACACAGUACAGCCAGACAGCACGAGAGAAAAGAAGAACGAAUUGAAAAAGGGCGAAAAUGUUUUUUAAUUAUAAUUUAACCAAAGACUGCAGACUAUUAUUGAGUUAUGUUUUUUGAUAUAAAUAAUAAUUAUUUUUUGUGUUACGCAAGCAAGCAAACGGAGAAUAAAAAAAAACAAGAAAUUGCUCUUUUCAAUUUCGGUAAAUCACUCGCUAAUGCAUCAGCCUGAAAGGUAACAAAAAUUACCGAUAUCAUCGAGAACAAAGGUAGAACUAGAAUAUCGGAUGUAAACUAGUGUUCCAAUGCGCAGAAAGGUAUAGGGAUGAGAAAGACGAAUAAGUUCGGUCAAAACAAACGCUAAUUUAUUAUAACUAUAAUGUUUAAGGGUGGGAAUCUCUCAAUUUUCCGUAGAGAUUGAGUUUUUUUUAUUAAAGGUGUAUUCUAACGCUUUCGCUACUGGAAGCAAUAGUUCGCCUGAAAAGUAAGAACGUAAACUAAAAUGAGAGAAUGAGUGUUUAGGUGACAGCUCACGGGUAGACCACCGGCAGAUUUGCUACUUGUUAUCCGCCGUCGUAUCAACUAGGUCAAGGACUAUAGAUAGGGCAUUUCCGAAAAUUGUAAAUCAAGAAAUACUUCUAAUAUAGCUUUGGUUCGUACAAGUAUCUUCUUUUUCUUAACGAUACGAAAAAAAAAACAGAAUUAUCAUGACUGUUUUCUUGAUAUUUUAAAAAUAUCCAGGAAAUCUAAAAGAUAUUCUGUGUGUAGAAAGGUUAGGUGCUAGAUUCUGGUUAAAAUAGUUACUCCCAAGAGUGGUAGCAGUCUUUUACAUAGGCCGGAGAACAUAUAAGUCGAAGCUAGUAAGCGGGACUGGAACAGAGAGCUGAACAAAUCCUUGUAGAUACAUAUUUAUCCAAAUGACUAAUUUAAUGUAGCGACCUCAAGAAGAGAAAAAACCGGAGGGAAAUAUUUUCUUAAAUUGUACGAUAUGGACGCAUUUUUGCGAGAUAUGUAUAUAUUAACUAUCAGGUGGAAUGACUGAGCAGAAAAUUCAUACACAUAUUUAUAUUUAACUGCACGCGAAACAACAACUGAAAAAUUGUAAUAUAUUUUCAGGAGCGUUCAAAGUCAGUGCGUUUAACGUGAAUGCUUGAAUGAAUGUGUAUGUGUGUUAAAGAGAGAAAGAGAAAUGCGAUAGCUAGUGAACAAGUAAAACAAGCGCGAGUUUUAAAGAAUGUGUAAUUAUAUUGCUGUAUAAAUAUUUACCACGCAGGAAAGAAUGCAAGAAUAAAAACAAAUCAGCAUUAUCCGGUAUGAGCAAAUUGUAUUUCAGACCGGUAAAAACCCCAAAAUAUUCAGCUAAGGAAGAAAAGAGGACGACAUGCAGAUUUGAACUAUAGUACUAAUCAAAAAGCUUCAUGUUGCAGCAAUUUCGAUACGAUGGAAAACCGAAAUAACAAAUAUUCAAUAAUUCAUUUUCGAUACAUGUGGCCGUCACAUCAACCGUUAAAACAUUCAAAAUAUAACUUAAAAGAUCUGUUUGCCCCCAAUUGACCUGGCCAUUGUACAACAAAUAAUGAAAAAAUACUUGGUAAAACAUUAAAAGCAACGUCACAGCAUAUUUAGGGUUGCUAGCGCUUGAUAACAAAUUGUUUCCCACCACGCAAAUUAUUUCACAAUCGAACGUAGAUUGGAAUGCGAGCGCUACAAGACGACGUCUUAUUAUUAUUGCUGCUAAUGUUGUUGUUAUUGUUAGUGUACAGACUGGCAUGGGCUGCGAUUUAUGGCAUGAAAAAUAUGCGAAAAUCAUCACGUUUCCAAUCAGGCAAAAACCGAUGGCGAGUGUGAAUGUACUUUUCGUCGCUCAACGGCCGGCGACCGAUCGAAGCGCACUAGUGGUCGGUAAAAACGUUGUACAUGUUGCUGUCUGAUGUGAAAAAAAUCAGUUCAUUGUUAUUUAAAUUGAUAAAAGCGCUGAUUGAAGUGGUACAUUCACCACAUCGCGCAAAAGAAAAGCUGAUUACCGCUGACAGUAAGGCAAGCAAUCAUACUGUGUGACAACCUAGGGGCACUCCAAUGUGUUGCUGUGGUUCUAGCAAUCGGACAUUCUUUCGUUAAUGGCUAAUAAUCAAAGCACGCGAAUAAUCGAGCAUCGGGAUUCCUUCAUAAGGGGCUUGACCGAUCAGACGGAAUGUGUAAAACAAAUUCAAGCCACGCAGUGCUAGCAGACUGAGAGAGAACACAUAGUGUAUAGACAUAAAAUAUUUAUUUGGCAGUGAUAACCUACAUGUACGCUUCAAAAAUAUACAAAGCAGAUAAUAUUUUAGCUGGUAUGGGAAGCAAUGUGCGUGAAAAGAAUUUGUUAAAAACAAAAAAAUGAAACGCUACCUUCCAGUUAUGUGAAUUAUUUGUUUAUUUUGCUGUGUUGACUCGACCUUACAAUUUAAUACAAUAAAAUUACUAUCAAAUCAAUCGCUGUUCGCAGUGAUGGAGUAAUUUUCAGAAAAGUAACAUUUAUGUGCAUCGAUACACUUCCUGAUAAAUAUAUAUAUACAUAUAUAGCGUGGCUAUGAAUCGAUAAAAACUGGCAAAGUACUUUGAAAUCUGAAAUGAAAAUUUUAACCAUCUGCUGCCUCUCAAAAAUACGAAGGUCGCGGAAAGAAGACCGUGAUCCACAGUUCGUUCAUUCGUUUUCCUUAUCUUCGCUUGCAUCUUUAGUCAGCAGCAAUGGUCGAUUUUUGGAAGGAAAACAUUUUCUGCUGUUUGUGUCUUUCUUCGUUAGCUGGAAUUCGAGUCAAAAUACUUUCAAGGGUCGCGCAAAGCAUCGAACGAUGGAAUCGACCGUAUAGCAAUAACAACAAUCCGUUGUUUGGGACCCCGUAUAUUAGAAAUUUAGGGUACCGGUUUCAGAUCUCUACGUGCCUUGUACGCACGAUCGUACAGUUUUUUUUAAAGAAUUUCCUGUCUAAUCUAUCAAAGCAUGAAAGUCUGCCUCUUUUCACUUCGGUCUGUGGCGGCCUGAUGUUUCGUAGUCUCAUAGUACCUACAUUCUAUGGCACGACAUCGAAAGAUCUAGUGCGCAGAAAGAAAGAAGGAAAUCUUAACUCAAGUAGAACAUUUAUCUUUGGAGAUUUCCUCUUACGAAAGAGAGCAUAUUCACCCAGCAGCAUUACGACUUUUUCAGAAACAGGAAACGACUGCCAUUUUCGUUCAUUAAGUCUCGUUUCUGGAUGGAAUGUCCGAGAUGACUGUAUGUGAGGAAGACUUAAGUGCACGUAGCGAAUUAUAUGAUGGAUCACAUACUGGACAGAACUUGUAACAGCACCAGUUUUCGUUGCGCGGUCGAUAUUCAAUAAUUACUACUUGAACCGUCCGAGGUAGAUUUCCAAAUGAGCACAGCCAGAAGUUCGCAAAUGCUCACAUCGCAAUUCCCCCGAACCUGUUUCUCGCCAAUGCUUACGCCACUCGCAUGUGACAGUCAAAACACAGCGCAUUCUCCUAUUCGGCCGCCUCACACACAACACUAGGCCCCUACAGACCCUCUCGUAUAUUUCUGCACUUUUUCUUUCUACAUGUAUUGCUGCCCGCAUCCGCUUUCGCGGACCAAAAAAAAAAACAACGUGGUCGACGACUGCCUCAAUGGUUUCUCCCUGACCGAUCUGAGCAUGCUCUGUGUUUUUAUUUCUCGCCUUUUUAUAAAUAAAAUUCAUUCACAAGACUUGAAUAUGAGUUUGAUGAGAAAAAAGCGGAUGUUGUAAAUUCUCGUGCUAAAUUUAAAUGAAAAAGCGCCCAUAUCAUGCUAAGUUUGACACAAUGCAGCAAAAAUUUAUAGAACACAAUGAAUGUUUAUUGGUCUCAUGUUAUCGUAUCACUUGAAUAUAACGAAGUUGCUGCAGCAAAUGUUUACGCUAGAACACAUGCUUCACGUCAACCAUGAACUAGAAUGUACAGUAUACAAAUAUUAUAACAGAAAGUCGAAAAUGAAGAAACGUACCUAAUUAACCCGUUAUGAAAUCCUUAAAAGCAAAUGAUACACCAGGAAAUACUUAUAGUACUUUUAAAAAAAAAAUUGGAACAUUUGAUUCUAUUUCAAUGAUACGCAAAGUGAACAUUGUGUAAAGAGAAGAAACAAUUGAAUUGCCUUAGAAACAAAAUUGCAAGAUGGAGACAAACCAAAACUUAUGACUUUUUGUACGCUUGUCUAAGUGAAGUAAAAUGUGAACAGUUAAAAAAAAAAGAUUUUCCUCGCAUUUUUUCUCUUCUUUUCCUUAUUAUUGAAGAAUGCUUUUGUUGACAUUUAUAUACAAGUAACAGGAAACAAAGAAGCGCAGGAAUGUAAUGUUUUUAAUUUAGGAUUCAAAUGAAAAUUCGCAUAGAAAAGUCUCUCGAGUAAGUAGUGAAGAAAAUGAAACAGAAAAUGAUUUCGUAUAGGAUUUAAUUUCCAGUAUUAUCUAGUCGUGCAUUAUAAUGUAGCAGAAAAAGAAAUAUAAAUAAAACAACAUUGAAAACACUAUAAGAAGAAUGAAUAUUAUCGAAUAAGUGAGUAACUGGAAUGCGAACAGGAGAACAAACUUAACUGAAACAAUUUAAAUUUUUAGAAUCUAGAGUGAUUGUAUCCUUUGGCGUACAACCUAUUUGUUGAAUAUUUAUCUGCUAAUCUUUUUGAGAAAACUUUGCUGUUGAAACUAAAAAUUACCAAGCAAAACAAAAAACAUUCUAAAUUUAACAGUUAAAAACAAAUUCAAGAAUAAGAUACACUAUAUGGAAAAAAUGUGUCCAAAAUCUCGAUGUCAGACAGCAAACGAAGCACAUAUAGAAUCUUAUCAGCAUUAAUACAAACUAUGAAGUAAAGAUAACGAUAAAUAAAGAAAAAAAGAAGCGCUAUAUAAACAUUAACUAAAGUGGAAUCAUUACAUUGUCAACUGUACCUAAGCUGUUAUUUUUUUAAUAAAUGGAUGAAAUAAAACAAAAAAGCAAGGAUGAUGUCAAGUAUAUUCAAAUUCCUAACACAAGCCUCUUAUAUGCCUCCCUAAAUCCAAGGGUAAAUGUUGUAAACAUUUGAAAGUAACAGUAUGAAUAUUCAAAAACAAUACUCCAAUAAUCCUUACAUUGCUUCAUUUAACAAUUGCACCAACAACACCCAGUCUAAGGUACCACUUCAAUUUUCUCGUAAUGAACAAUAAACAAAUAAACAAAAAUAAACAAUUGAAUAGACAAGAGAUCAAGACAUACCGAAAGAAAGUAAAAAAUAUUGCCCAAUAUAUAGAAAUCAGUUGACGUAAGAAGGCUUACUACUACUAAAAACCGCAAAAAAAAACAGUUAAGGAAGAAACAGGCAAGCAUGAAACCGCUAUACCAGAACAGUUAGAGAAUCAAAAUAAAUAAAACCGAACUAUAUCAUCGUUAUUCGAAUGACAAAAAAACGAAGUUCAACAUACGAUUUUUCCCUAGGCGAUAGUAUAUUACGUAUGUGCAUGCAAACCAAAUGCGCUGAGAUGAGAUGGGCAAAACCGUAUAGCAAUAUGGAAGGGAAAAUAAAGGUGAAAAUUCUUCUGCAUAAACGCUGUGUAAAUUUCUGUAUAUAAUUAUAUUAUUUUCUUUUUUUUUUUUUGAAAAUUAUUAUCUAAUGUUAAAAAUAAUAACAAUACGACCAAUUCAAA